UGUGCACCAAUCGGCGGUGUGCUGUGUCCCUGGGACACAGCGGAUCACCGAUCAAUGGAAAGAGCCGAAGACAUCGGCUCUGUCGUGUGAACAGCUGUGUCCAAUCACAGCUGAUCGCAUGGCAAUGAUGAUCAGUGUGCCCUGAUGAUCAGUGUAGCCCCAUCAAUGCCACUUGUCAUUGCUAAUUAAUGCCACCUGCCAGUGCCCAUCAGUGCCACAUCAAUGCCACAUAUCAGUGCCUACCAGUGCACAUCAAUGCCACAUAUCAGUGCCGAUCUGAGCUGCCUUUCAGUGCCACCUAUCAGUGCCAGUCAGUGCCACCUAUCAGUGCCAGUCAGUGCCACCUAUCAAUGCCAGUCAGUGCCACCUAUCAGUGCCAGUCAGUGCCACCUAACAGUGCCAGUCAGUGCUGC